CGACUCGUCGUUGUGGCGUCGGCGUCGGUUGGCGUUGCGACGAGGUCAGCAGGCCGUUGGUCCGCGGAUCAAGACGUCGCGUCUGGCGUCCCGUUCUCACCUAUCGCGUCGCUCCUCAAAAAGUAGUCUCCUCUCGCAAUACCCAAUGAUUUGAUCAAUAUGUGCCCUGCAUCGUUUCGUGUUUUCGUUUUCUUGACUGGAAUCAUCGGCUGUCUCUCCACAAUCCCGGAGAAUGAAGUUGUGGUGAGCGAGGUUGAGGAUUGGCCAGCGGAGCCCAUACCGAAACUGGGGCUGGUAAGCGGCGUGGCCGUGAACUCACGGCAGCAGCCCAUCAUCUUCCACCGAGGGCCCAGAAAAAUCAAGCCAUACGACUCAAAGUUAUACAACGAGACGGGUCAUUUCUUACUGAGCCAUGAAGGCCCGAUCAUGGAGGAUACGGUGCUCACCUUGGAGUCCGGCUCAGGAGCGGUGCUUCGGAGCUGGGGCAAAGGCCUCUUCUACUUCCCGCACGGCAUUGCCGUAGACUCUCAUGAUAACGUCUGGCUCACCGAUAUAGCUCUCCAUCAAGUCAUGAAGUUUGCAGAGAACUCCACCACUCCUAAGCUUAUACUCGGGGAGAAAUUCAGCCCCGGUUCGGAACUCCACCAAUUCUGCAAACCCACAGCCGUUGCGAUUUCAAAAGACGGGAACGUUUUCAUAGCUGACGGUUAUUGUAACAAUCGAAUUCUUAAAUUUGAUGCUAAAGGCAAUUAUGUUUCCCAAUUUCCAACCCAGGAUACGGCACCUAAAGGAUUUCAUCUGAACACUCCCCACAGUUUAGCAUUCAUUCGAGAAGAGGAGCUGUUGUGCGUCGCGGACAGGGAGAAUCAUCGUAUUCUAUGCGUCAACAUGAACCCACUACACGCAUCAGAGACUCUUAAAUCCAUAACUAGCGUGGAGAAACAAGUCCUGGGUAGCCCUUGGGCCAUCGCAAGUAGAGGUGAUUUGCUUUUGACAGUUAAUGGUUCUUUGCCUUACACUGCAACAAGUGGAUUCAUUGUUGAUCCCAUUACCACCCAAGUUAUAAGCAGAUGGAACCCUAAAUCCAGUAGUUUCCGGUAUGCUCAUGACAUUGCAGUUUCUCCCGAUGGAAAUUUUAUGUAUGUUGCAGAAGUUGGUCCAAGUAAAAUUUGGAAGUUCGAAAUAAAACAGAUAAAUUGAUAACUUAA